AACACAACGGCCACAAGUUUUGGCGCGUAACUCGUGGGGACCACAAGUUUUGGCACAAAACACACGCCUCUUUUUCUGUUUCUGUUUCAGUUUCAGUUUCAGUUUCAGUCUCAACCCGCAACAUUGCCAUGUAUUCUCGCACCAGAGCUUUGCCAUUAUCUCUCAGGCUCAGCACAAGGAUUCUGUGCACCCAAUCAGAGAGCUCCACGUCAUCAUCUUUGAGGCCCUUGGCUUCUCAAAGUAACCACUUUGAAUCUUUUCUCAGAUCAAUAGCUUCUGGCGUUGUGCUUCUUGGAACCACCUUAGGCUACUGGUAUUCCUCUUACUCCUCUUCAUGUUUCUUGAGACACAAGAUUGAUUGAUAUUGUUUUUUGGAUUUCUCGUUUUCAUCCUUUACAGACAGCUACAGAAGAAGAGUAUUCUUCAACUAUGAAAAACGUAUCCGCUUACAGAGCCCUCCAGAGAAGGUUUUCGAGUACUUUGCAUCGAUCAAAACCGCGAAUGGCGAGGUUUAUAUGACACCUGCAGAUUUGAUGCGUGCUGUUGUUCCGGUGUUCCCUCCUUCGGAAUCGAACCGUGUUAGAGAGGGCUUUCUCAGAGGGGAGCAGGUUCCUGGUACAUUGCGGUGUCAACCCUCUGAAUUCUUUAUGCUCUUUGACACUAACAAUGAUGGAGUCAUUUCUUUUCCAGAGUACAUCUUUUUUGUUACUCUCCUCAGCAUACCAGAAUCCAGCUUCACAGUUGCCUUCAAAAUGUUUGAUCUUAACAAUAAUGGGGAAAUAGACAAAGAAGAAUUCAAGAAAGUGAUGGCUUUGAUGCGAUCUCAAAACAGACAGGGGGCUAGCCACAGGGAUGGACGGCGCCUCGGAGUUAAAAGUUCGGUGGACGAGGGUGGUAUAUUGGAGUAUUUCUUUGGCAAAGAUGGAAAUACUUGUUUGGAACAUGGAAAAUUUGUUCAGUUCUUAAGAGACUUACAUGAAGAGAUCUUGAAGUUGGAGUUUGCUCACUAUGACUACAACAGAAAAGGAACAAUUUCAGCCAAAGAUUUCGCACUUUCCUUGGUUGCAGCUGCUGAUAUCAAUCAUAUAAACAAACUGUUGGAUAGGGUGGAGGAAAUGAAUGAUGAUUCGCAUCUCAGAAACAUAAAAAUCACAUUUCAAGAGUUUGAAGCCUUUGCAGAAUUGCGCAAGCAGUUGGAAUUCUUCUCCCUAGCCAUAUUCAGCUAUGGGCAAAUUAGUGGAGAGUUGACAAAAUCUGAUUUUCAGAGAGCAGCAUCACAGGUAUGUGGCAUCACUAUUACAGAUGCAGUUGCUGACAUAAUUUUUCAUGUUUUUGAUGCUAACCGGGAUGGAAACUUGAGUGCUGAUGAGUUUAUUAAAGUUAUACAAAGAAGAGAAAGCAGUACAGCACGUGAAGGCAUGGGAAGUUUGUUAUCUUGCUUUUGGAACUGUGCAACAAAGCGUUCAUCAACUAAGCUUCAAAGUUAAUGAUGAAUUAAUCUAAUUAAGCAUUGCAAUGAAUUCAACCAUGUGAAGCAACACAGGAUGAAGAUUUAUCAUUUAUCACAUGAUUUUGCUGUGUUCUCAGAGAUGUAGAGUGUUGAAUUUUCAUUUUUUGUCCAAGAUCUUUCCCUUUCUGGGAAUUUGUCCUCAUAUGAUCAUUUUUGUACAUACUGAUAAACCAGCUACUAUUAAAUAUUAUUGCUUCUCAUA